ACUUAUCAGCAAUUCAUUUUCGUUUCCUCGACUUUGACGACUUAUCAUAGUUUUAAUCACACACACGCUGGCACCCUAUUACACAUCAAUCUAACAAAACAUGGCCGCAUUGCCAAUAGGUUUGACAUAUUGGGAUGUAGGACGGUUGGUGACAAUUGUGUGUCUGCCGCUGUUACUUUCGUGUUGUUACGUAACAACUUUUCUCGUCUGUCUGUCUGUUAUUUAUGUUGCAUUCUACCUGUACAGAAAAUCUACAAUAAAACGGAUACCUGUAUCUGGUCAAGGAGUCCUUAUUACUGGAUGUGAUACCGGAUUCGGACACGAAUUUGCCACAAGAUUGGACAGCUUGGGAUUUACAGUUUUCGCAGGUUGUUUAUCAGCAGAAAGUGAUGGAGCUAAGAACCUAAAAAAAAGUAAAACAGGCCGACUACACGUCCUUGGUCUCAAUAUAACGAAGGAUGACGAGGUGCUUAAAGCAGUAACAUACGUAACUAAAGUCAACGAAAAAACAGGAUGUGGUUUAUGGGCGUUGGUGAAUAAUGCUGGAUUAAACAUGCUAGGUGAUAUAGAGCUGUUUACCAUGGAAAUGUUUUACAAAAUCUCGGAGGUAAACAUGUAUGGAAUGGUCAGAGUGACCAAAGCGUUUCUACCAUUGAUCCGCAAAAGUAAAGGUCGCAUUCUUAACACAACUAGUGUAAAGGGUAGACUUUGCUUGCCAAAAAAUGCUGCCUAUGUUAUUACUAAAUUUGGUGGAGAAGCAUUUUCAGACGUUCUACGCUUGGAAAUGCUCAAGUUUGGAGUACGGGUUAUUGUUAUAGAACCUGGAAAUUUUGGCGGAGCAACAGGAAUGUUAAACGAACAAUCUCUUAAAGCUAUUAAAAGAGAUUUCGACGCCAUGGCUGAACAAGUUUCUCCAGAGGUACAAGAUGCUUACAAUGCUAAACAAUAUUUGGAAGAUUUGUACAAGGCCGUAUGUGGUAGCAGUAACAGUACGUAUCCUGGACUGAAACCAGUGGUUGAUGCUAUGGAGGAUGCUGUUGUCAGUACUCAUCCUAAAUAUAGAUAUCUUAUUGAUGGAAGCAACUCCUUCUAUGAUGUGUACUGCAAUCUUGCACGAUUAACACCAUACUUACCUGAAUCUUGGAUGGACUAUUUGGUUGACAGAACAUUUGCCAGCGGAAAACAGUAGAGCGCAAGAACGUUUAAGAACUCAACAUAGGGCCUUGCAAUACCAAGUGGACACAUUUCUUUUCUUUUAGAACUGUUUAUGUUGAGAGUGCAGCUCUUAUAAAAUAUACAUGUGUAUCUAAAAUGUUCACAAAACAUGAAUCUAGAAGAUAAUUUUACUCGGUUA